AUGUUAAGCAAGAUUGGUGCUACAGAAGUUACAGUAACACCUUCAUCAGCAGCUGUAGUUUUUACUGUGACAUUAACUGCUAUAUUUUCAUUGACAACAUUACUACAAUGGCAUUAUCUUUAUUGUGGACCAAGUGGAAUGAUAUUUCGUCAUGAAUUAUUUCCAUCUUAUACAAAAUAUUCAGCAUAUUUAGCUUUACUUGCUGCUGUUGCAAAUAAUUUUGGUACAUUUGCUGGAACUUUAGUCGUUCAACAGAAAGUAUCUUCAUUUUGGGGAGCUUUUUUUAAUGCUAUUGGACUUCUAAUACCUGUUUUUGGAACAUUAAGCUUUCAACUACGUGUAUCACAUGAAAAUAUCUUGUAUUCAAUUUUGUUAAAUAAAUGUUCUGCCUAA